UGCUCACUCAAGAACACUGCACUCUGCACUGACGCUCUGCGCACGCAUGUGAGAGAGCUGGCCACAAACUUGGACAGGCACAUAUAGAUAGAUAAAGACCAUGGAGGAGAGUAGAGAUGGAGGCAUUGCUGAUGGGGAAGCUAUGGAGACAGAGGGCCAGAAAGGGAGCGCUGAAAAAGGACCCGAGGCCAGGGAGAAAUGGGCCAACAAGACUGAGUUUCUGCUGUCUAUGGCUGGAGAGAUCAUCGGCCUGGGGAACGUGUGGCGCUUCCCUUACCUGUGCUACAAAAAUGGAGGCGGUGUUUUCUUCAUCCCUUAUUUCAUCUUCCUCUUCUUUUGUGGAAUCCCAGUAUUCUUCCUUGAGACGGCAUUAGGUCAAUACACUAGUGAAGGGGGCAUCACUGCUUGGAGAAAAAUCUGCCCCAUGUUUGAAGGUGUAGGUGUUGCCUCCCAAGUUAUAGUGAUUUAUCUGAAUAUAUAUUACAUUGUGGUCCUGGCCUGGGCUCUGUUUUAUCUAUUCAACUCUUUUUGGAGUACUCUACCUUGGACUUCCUGUGACAAUUAUUGGAACACAGUCUAUGGGAAUCUCUUUUAUGUUGUGUACUUCACAGCUACGUUCCCCUACUUAAUGCUGUUCAUCCUUUUCAUCAGAGGAGUGACUCUGCCAGGAGCUGCAACUGGAAUUACUUAUUAUCUGUAUCCUGAUAUCAGUAAACUCUCUAAUCCUGAUGUAUGGCGUGAUGCAGGCACUCAGGUGUUUUUCUCCUACGCUGUGUGUCAAGGAGUCCUAACAGCGCUGGGCAGUUAUAACAAAUACAACAAUGACUGCUACAAGGACUGUAUAGCACUCUGUAUUCUGAACAGCUCCACCAGCAUCUUUGCUGGAUUUGUUGUCUUUUCUAUUCUGGGGUUCAUGGCCCAUCAGUUAGGUUUACCCAUGGAAGACAUAGCAUCAUCAGGCCCUGGACUAGCAUUCAUAGCAUAUCCUAGAGCCCUUUCUCUGUUACCUGGGCCCCAGUUCUGGUCUGUUCUUUUCUUUUUUAUGGUACUUCUUCUGGGCCUUGACAGCCAGUUUGUGUGUGUGGAGAGUUUAGCCACAGCUCUCACAGAUCUAUUUCCUGGAGUUCUAAGGAAGCGGCGAGAGCUUUUGGUGUUAAAAAUCGCCGUCAUCUGCUUCUUACUGGGUCUGCCAUUCAUCACAAAGGGAGGAUUCCAUCUGUUUACUGUGAUGGACACCUAUGGCCCGAGUGGAACUAACCUGCUCUUUAUCGCCUGCUUUGAGACGAUUGUUGUCGCAUGGGUUUACGGUGCAAACCGUUUCUAUGACAACAUUGAGGACAUGAUAGGAUACGCACCAUGCCCUGUGCUGAAGUACUGCUGGCUCUUCAUUACCCCUCUCAUCUGUGUUGCUACUCUGCUGUAUAACCUGCUGGGUAGUAAAUCUGUGUCUUCAGCUGAUCCAUUUGUGCCGGACUGGAGUUACAAGUUGGCACCUUUGCUCACAGUCAUUCCUAUGGUUUGCAUCCCAAUCUUCUUGUUCGUCUCUUUAGGAAGGGGUCGUAACAUCAUCACCCCCUCUAGUGACCUGAAGCAGCUCCGACCAAACAGUCCUCGCCUCACACUGUUUAAUCGCGUAAUCAUUAAACCACAGAGAUCUCGACACAUUCGGGAAGAUGGAGAAGAGAAAGCUAACAAAGAACACACCAGUGGAGUUUGAUAAGGCAGAAUGAUGAUUUUAUUUUAGUUUAUAUAUUAUAUACUUUAUGUUAAAU